AUGAAACUUUGCUACGAUUCGCGCGCUGGGGUUUCCGUCCGCCAUGUUAAGGUAAAGCCUGGCUGCGCGGUGUUGACCAUGCUCAAACGCCUGGACAAGAUCCGCUUUCGAGGCCCCAGGACGAGGGAAGACUUUCCGGACCUUGGCGAUUCGCCACCGACCUCGGACAAUGAAUGUAGCGACGACAUUCAGCUGAAGCCCAGAGCCAAGGACGCAGACGACCUGGUCAGAGACCCUGCUGGUUCAGGGUCUCUCAACAUGGCUGCAACCAUCCAGGACUUUCAGAGGGUGGAGUCAGACCGCCUCAAUGAAGUAAAGGGACAUCUGGAAAUUGCCUUAUUGGAGAAGCAUUUUCUACAGGAGGAGCUGAGGAAACUUCGAGAAGAGACCAAUGUGGACUCGAUACGACAAGAAUUGGACAGAGAGCGGACCAAAAGGCUGGAUCUGGAGCAGAAGAUGAACGAUCUGCUCAAAAAUAGGCUCGAGGACUCACCACCACAGCCUCCCCGAAAACAGCAGUCCCCCUCCAACAACGGCACAGAGAAACCGCAGAGAGAGGUGUGGAGCUCGCGGCUGCAGAAGUGGCUGUACGAGCGUUUUGGUGUUUACCUCGAAGACUUCCAGUUCCAGCCCGAGGAGAGCACCGUGGAAGCAGAGGAGCCACUAAGUGCUAAAAGAUUGACGGAAAACAUGAGGCGACUAAAGCGAGGAGCCCGACCAGUCACAACUUUUUUAAGAAAUCUUUCAGCCUUAUCUAAUUGGCACUCUGUCUACACAUCUGCUAUUGCCUUUAUUGUCUACAUGUAUGCUGCGUGGCAUGGCUGGGCCAUUCCCAUGUUCCUCUUCCUGGCCAUCUUGCGUUUGUCUUUGAAUUACCUCAUUGCCAGAGGCUGGCGGAUCCAGUGGAGCAUUGUGCCUGAAGUCUCUGAACCUGUGCAGGAGCCGCCAAAGGAAGACCUCACUGUGUCAGAGAAGUUUCAGCUUGUGUUGGAUGUUGCACAAAAAGCACAGAAUCUAUUUGGUAAGAUGUCAGAUGUUUUGGAGAAGAUAAAGAACUUAUUCAUGUGGGUUCAGCCUGAGAGCACCAGAAAACUGUACAUUUGCCUGUGGGUUGCGUUCAUCACCUCUUGCGUCCUCCCAUAUAAACUGAUGGGCUUCAUGAUGGGUCUGUAUGCCGGAAUCAAGUUCUUCAUCAUAGAUUUCCUGUUUAAGAGCUGCCCAAAACUGAGGGACAAGUAUGACACGCCUCACAUCGUGUGGAACAGCCUCCCUACAGACCCCCAACUGAAAGAGCGGACCAACGCCACUGUGUCCAGACGGCUCUCUGCUGUUGAAAAGGUUCAGCCGAUGGUGUCCAGAGGCAGCCUUGCUACUGUCCCCUGUGGUGUGAGCAGAGAGGAGGAAACAGGCCGGUCCCAUAGCACCAAGAAGGGAGCUUUUCAUGAAGUCUUCAGUCUGCCAGAGUCAGAGCGCCCUCUGGCAGUGUGUGAGAAUGGCUGGAGAUGCUGCUUGAUAAAUAGAGACCGGAAGAUGCCCACAGACUACAUCCGCAACGGCGUUCUCUACGUCACUGAGAACUAUUUGUGCUUUGAAAGCUCCAGCUCAAGGUCGAACGCAUCAAAGAAGAAUAAAGUGAUAAAACUGGAUGAUAUUACUGACAUUCAAAAGUACAAAGUGCUGUCAGUGCUGCCAGGAAGUGGAAUGGGGAUCUCUAUAGCAACACCCUCCACGCAAAAGCCAUUGGUGUUUGGUGCCAUGAUCCAUCGAGACGAGGCUUUCGAGGCCAUCUUCACUCAGUACAUGAAGACCAUGACGAACAGUAAACCCCCGUCCGCUGAGCUAUAG